AUGGCAGCUUUUCUCGGCUCAGGCCAGCGACCAGCACCGGUUUUCCUCUCCCGCAUGGCUCAGGCAAAUCAGAAUGUGAUCUGCACUGCUAAGGGUGAGGACGUGCGGAAGGUGGACGUGGAACAUUUGCUGAAACAUCGUCUUCGGAUACCCAUAUUCCAGCGGAGGUAUUGUUGGUGCAAAGACCAGUGGAACACGCUUUUUGGUGACGUUUCCCUGGUUGCAAGUGGUUCGAAGGAAAAGCAUUCAUUAGGCCGUAUCACCUGCGUGCUUGACAGCUCCAGUGAUGGCAGACUCUUGGUCGUAGAUGGCCAACAGCGGAACACCACUUGCUCCCUACUCUUGGCAGCCGUACAUGAUGUGGCUGCCAAGCGGCAGAGCGAGGAUUGUUUGAAGCUUGUGUCCAAGUUGGAGUCUCUGCUCUUCCCCGGUGGGCUGGAAGAGUGGAUGUCGGCCAGGCAGCCUGGGACACCGCUGGAAGAAGGUGCCGAGCUGGGUGCUGCCGCAUUGGUGCCCACGUACUGUGAUAGGGCCAGCUACUUCGCAGCCACUCUUCCACAGCGGGCUUCCGUGCCAGACUCUGGCUCCUGGACGCGCCCCAUGGAAGCCAAGAACUUUUUUGCUGAUCGUCUGGCAGGUGAGAAAGAUGAGCGCUUGGUUGCAGUGGCUGAGGCGGUGCUGUACAAGCUCGAGUGGUUACUCUUCCCCAUUUCCUUGGGCGAAGGUCACAAGGAUGGCACUGAGGAUCUCCACCUGAUCUUUGAGCGGCUGGCCCUGCGUGAUGCUACGUUUUGCAAGCCUCAACGAGCGACAGAAUAUGCCAACAUGGGGGCUGCCGACUUUGUUCGAAAUCUCCUCCUGGGUUCUUUUGCUCAAGAGGCUGAUGCGAUAAAUGCCUACAAGACUUAUUGGCUACCCAUCGAGAAGGCUGCGGCUAAGGUUGCUGAAGCCAAACGAGAAAGCGUGGCAAGCCACCUGGAAGCUGCACUGGAUGCUUUUCUGAAGGCAAUGCCUCGGCAGCCUCGAAAGCAAGCAAAUCUCGCCGCAGCUGGGGUUGGAGGCGCGCUCUACGCCAGGUUCCGGCGCUGGAUUGUUGACGUGGACGCCACUGCUGACCCUAAACAGACCAUGGACUUGCUGCGCCAAUUGCAUGACUUCUCAUUGAAGCACUUCGCGACCGGGGGGCCUGCAAGGCAGGCAUCCCCUCCCCGGCUUCACGCACAGAGCCCUGGAAGCACUGGAAUGCAGCUGCUUGCGCUGGAUCCCUGCAGCGAAGACUGA